CCUAAUCAAGGAGCAAAUUUCAAGAGAAAGAGAGAGAGAGAGAGAGAGAGAGAAGAGAGAGAGGGCUCAUUAAGAGAUGGCUAUAAUAAGCUCAAGCAUUGCCACUAAAUUCUCACAUGGGUUGGUGGAGAGGAGAAGAGAGAACCACCCAUCCGAGCAUUUUGGAAGCUUAUUCUUCUUCUUCUGCUCCGACUUUAUACACAGUAGUACUAGAAAAUUAGCACUCAGCCCUACCCAAGCAUUAACUGUUUGUUCUGUCUCCAAGCCAAAACUUAACCACUGCUUGUACCCUUCUUCUUCUUCUUCUUCUUCUUCUUCAACAAUGGAGGAGGAGCAUGUCACAUCUUCGGAUGAAGAAGAGAAGUAUGGCAGAGAACUUGAUAUUGCCAUUAGAGCUGUUCAGAUGGCUUGUGCUCUGUGUCGCAAUCUUCAACAUACCUUAAAUUCUACGAGCACCAAUUACCUUCGUGCCAAUUCCGAGGAGGACAUUUCUCCACUCACCAUUGCAGGUUAUAGUGUGCAAGCAACGGUGAGUUGGGUACUGUCCCAAUCACUCGGCAGUAGAUCAAGUGUCUCCAUCCUUACAGAAGAAGACGCCGCCAUGGACAUGGACCGUCACCUCUCUGAAUCCCUGGUUAAAACUGUGAACGAGUGCCUAGGCCAAGCCCCACGGUUCGGGCUUAAGGGCCCAGAGACGGCCCUUGGGACUCCAGAGGUCCUACAAGCCCUCCGCAGGUGCACCUCGUCCCCCACCCCAAGUGGGACAUUUUGGGCACUUGUCCCUGUUGAUGGGACACUGGGCUUCCUACAGGGAGACCAAUACGCUGUGUCACUUGCCCUAAUAGAGGAAGGGGAGGUUGUGGUAGGGGUGCUAGGGUGCCCUAACUACCCUAUGAAGAAGGAGUGGCUGAGUUAUCAGCAGGGCUACCGUAGCAUACUUGCCAGGUUGAGCUCAGCAUCGGCGCAUGCAUCUGAGAAUGGUUGGGACGACAAAGGGUGUGUGGUGUAUGCGAAGAAAGGCGGUGGGAAGGCUUGGGUGCAGCCACUGCUCCAUGGAAAUAAGAAGAUGAAGUCUGCAAGGGCAGCAAGGGUUAAUUCUUCCAUUGAUGACCUUGAAUCGGCGACCUUCUGUGUACCGGUUGAGAACGCGAAUUGGUGCCACUCCUUCACCGCAGGACUCGCUCACAGUCUUGGGCUUAGAAAGCAACCAAUAUGCUUGAACAGCAUGGUGAGGUAUGCAGCAAUAGCUAAUGGGGAUGCAGAGGUACUGAUGAAGUUUGGAAGGGGAGGAGGACAGAAGGAGAGGCUGUGGGAUCACGCAGCUGGUGUGAUUAUAAUACAGGAGAGUGGAGGUGUGGUCACUGACACAGGAGGCUCUCCACUGAAUUUCUCAAAGGCUGCCCACUUGGAAGAGGUGGACAGGGGAAUCAUAGCCUCUGCUGGUCAGAAACUUCAUGAUAAGGUCAUCACAGCCGUUGAUGCUAGUUGGUUCUCCUCUUGUCUUUGAGCCCAAAUGAAUCAGCAACAAAUAAUUAAGAGUGGCUUUCACAAGAAAAUAAAUAAAGAAAUUAAUCAAAGCUUAGGGUUAAUGUUCAGUUGUCAAAAAUAAUUCCUGUUUUUUCAUCUUUAGUUUUUUAAUAAGAAUAAAAAAGAAAAGAGUGUUGAUCACAGUUGAAGCUUGUGUUGAAAAAUUAGAGAAGAGUAAAAAAUAUAUGUAUAUUUUUUAACUUUUUGAUUGAAAAUAAAUGUUUUUGAAAGAUUAAAAGUGGAACAUAAAAAUUGUUUACUACAACUGAACAACCCUAUGCUAUGCUUUUAGGGAAUCAAAGAUCUCAACAUCGUUACAUAAUUAAUAAAGUGCAGAUGUAAAAGAGACUUGUGGUGGGCAAUGCUACAAGGAAAUGAUGGAAUUGUUGCAUAGGCACAUCCAUGUCUAUCUAUAUGUUUAUUACUUUUGCAAGGACUCCACUCUAUUGUAAAGCAUUUAUGAAGCCAGGUAUAAUUGAAUGUUGUCGUAAGAUGUAAAUUACUUGUAAUGAUUUCGUUUCAACUAGACAUGUGUGAUAUUGCCAUUGGGUAAGUUGACCUUCACAAAAUUUCAGUACAGUUGUAUUUUAUUCUUGAUCA